GUUGGCUUAUUAACUUGACUAUGCUCGUUGUGCAAUGGAACUUCAUCUCUGUUUUUUUGACUUUCCGGGUAUCAUCAAGAACAACCAAACACAACCAAACGUUUCAAUCUAUCUGAAAAUUGUGUGGUUUUGGUAGGUUAAGAGGAGAAUGAUAUUUGCCAACCUGGGAAACUCGGCGCGUUUCUAGCCGCCACGCCCAAAUGAUCUUCUUUGUCCUUCGGGUCGACCUGAUUGUCGGGUUGGGGCAAGGGGCCUAGACUGUUGGAAUGAAAUUGAAUGAAAGAAAGUUGUUCAGACCUCUUUUAGGAAAUGGCAAUGGCAAACACAAGUAGCUCACAUUUUUGACGGAGAAAGUUGUGAGAGGUUUUGUUUCCAGUCAGUUAGUCCACUUGUCGUCUAUGCUUCACUUACAUCUCCAAGAUACCAUGAAAGCAUGAAGCUCUCCGAGCUCCUGCUGGCCGGAGCCGCAUCGAUAGUGUUGGCACAUGAGAAUGUAUAUCCGGAUGUCGACGAGAGUCAUAGUCAUGCCUAUGAUCACAAAGCGUGUGGACCAGAGGGGCUAGGAGACGGCUCCCUCCGGUUAUCUGCUGCCGAUAUUUUCGGGACUGGCGACACCGAUGCGUUGACUUACUACGUCGGGAAUAACACCAGAUCGCAUCCUCGAGAAGAUCUCACCCCGCCAUCAGGGCACAACUGGAGUCAUACCACAUCCUGCUUCAACCGCAUCAGCUCCAAUGAUGCAUUCUGCGUCUUCACAGACACUUCCUACGCCGAUGGCCACGGAAUCUCUUUCAUCACCACCGCUCAACGAGCCGCUUACCUUGCUUCCCUUCCAACCUUCACUUCGCCCUCUACGACUACCAAACCCAAUCCUGCAAAGUACACCAUCAGCUCCAUCCCCGGCAAAGGCCUCGGCCUCAUCGCCACCACCCGUAUCCCUCGCGGUUCCCUCAUCCUCUCCUCUCAUCCGACGCUUAUGAUCGACUACCGCGUCUUCGACGAGCUUUUGCGCACCGAUUACAUCUCACUUGAAGCGGCCGCCAUCUCCUCUCUCCCACAGGCCCACCGCUCGGCCUUUUUCAACCUCUCCACGCAAUCGAAGAAUGCCAACGUCACCGACGGUCUCUCACGAAUAGCCUUGACCGACACCAUCAUCACCACUAACGCCUUUGACAUCCCUCCACCCCGGCCAUCUCCGCCUCCUUCUCACCCCUACGCCUCUCCCCAAGAACCAGGCGACCCAGCCGACGACCUCUGGUACACAGUCUUCGCCUCCCCCAUCUCCCGCCUCAAUCACGACUGCCGUCCCAACGCCGAUUACCGUUUUGAUUGGAACAGCAACAAAGAUGGUCCCGGUCUAGUUCAAGUGAUAACUGCCGUGCGAGACAUUUUGCCUGGGGAAGAAAUCACCAUCUCCUACAUCAACCCGCUCAAAUCCCGUCAGGCGAGGCAGAAACACUUGAGGACGGUGUGGGGAUUUAAUUGCUCUUGUGAGCUUUGCUCGCGCUCGAGGGGAAUGGUGGAGGAGUCGGAUCGGAGGAUUCGGCUAAUAAAAGAACUUCGGAGACUGCUUAGGGAAGAAGGGAAAGAUGAUGGAAGCAAAGUAGGUAGGGGAGAGGAGGAGGAAGGAUGGAUGACUGGGAGCAGAGGGCAAGGGGAUAGAACGAAGAUGGCGGAGUCGUUGGUUAACUUGUAUGAAAUGGAGGGGUUAUGGGGGAUGAUAUUUGAGGCAUAUGCGAUCGCGGCGAGGGAGUAUAGUAUAGUGGGAGAGGCGUGGAUGGCGAUGAAGUGGGCGGAAUUGGCGGUAGAGUUUGGGGCGAUGGUGUUGGGGGAAGGGGAUGAGGAGGUUAGGGAGAUGAAGGAGUUGGCGAGGGAUCCGUGGGGUCAUGGGAGUUGGAGGAGUCGGAAGAGCGGAGGGUAUGGGGAGGAAGACGAAGGGGAGGAUUGGAUAGAAGGUGAUGAGAGGCCGGAGUGUUUUGGGGUCGAGGAUGGGAGUGAUGGUGAGGAUGAGGACGAGGAAGGUUGGUAAUCCAGCGCUCAGGUCUCGAUUCCUCUCCCCGGGCCCUGAUGUUCGGGUACCUGAACACAGCAGGGAAGGCGGUACUAUCAGGACGUCAUCAGUGGAUCGUUUCAGGUCGUUUACUAACCACAGUACGAGGUAUCCAUAACCACCCGGUCAUCCGGCUCUUGACGAGAGGAAAAAAACUGAAAUAAAUUCUGCGUUGAAUGCCACUGAG